GUGGUAUUGUGCGUUGCUUUUUAUUAUCUCAGAACUACAAAAUUAGCUUGCUAUAUUUAAAAGAUACCAUUUUAUCACAAGGUAUAUUUUGUUUCAUUAAUUGAUGCAGACAAAUGUUAAACAAAGACAUUUUUCCAUCGAGAGAGCCACACAAGUGUCCAAUAGAAUUGCUUUUAACAAAAUUGUUCAGAAAGCGCAAUAUUGGAAAAUAGGAUUAAGCUCUGAUGAGGUUCACUUCCCAAGAGACCAAGCAGCCUCUUCCUCCUUUUCUGCUCAUCUAGUAGUGUGUCUGUUCCUAGUCCCUCAUGUUUUCUGUGCUGUGUAAUCGUGUCUGGUAUGCCGUCUACUUCACCCUGCUGCACCCCAUGCUGAAGUGGUUGCUGCGGAAGGUCACAGGGAAGUGUGAGCUCCUAAGAAUAAGCUAUGGAGAGCAGGUUGGUGCUCCAAGAACACGAGCUAUUGAAAAGUCAUUAAAACAUUCCAAGUUCCAAGCAUUGAAGCGUUUGCUUACAGACAAUCAUGUGAACAUAGAUCAGGCAGUAGAACAGAUCCUCAGCAUCAAGUCCAUCACAGUGGAAGUCCACCCUCAGUUCCAACCUACAAUCCAUAUAUGUCUUACACAGAUCUGUGGCUACAGAGAAUUCAUCACAGAACUGGAGAGUGUGAGGAAAACACCAUACUCAUCAGAGAACAACAGACAUGAAGAAAUGUUACUUGAGCUAUGGCGGAAGCUGAUGCCAGACGUUCCUCUCCAGUCCAGAUAUAACAGGCAGUGGGGAGACAUUGGCUUCCAAGGUGACGACCCCAUGACAGACUUCAGGGGAAUGGGACUCCUGGGACUACAAAAUCUUCUGUAUUUUGCCACGCAGCAUAACUCCACGGCAAGACAAGUGUUGUCUCACUCACACCAUCCUCAAUAUGGGUAUUCUUUUGCUAUAGUUGGUAUUAACCUGACGGGGGUGGCUCAUCAGUUGUUGAUCUCAGGAGCUCUCAAGACACACUUCUACAAUGUGGUACAGGGCAAACCUAAGCUAGAUCACUUCCAUCAAGUGUAUUGCUAUCUUUUCCAUGAAUUUGACAAGUUCUGGCUUGCAGAGAAGCCCCACAUCAUGGAGUUCAACAAAGUUAAGGCCAAGUUUGCUAAAAGGAUUGUAAUGCAUCUGAAGGACAGAAAUGCUACUUUAUCUAUGAAGUGUGUCACAAGUGAGGCCAAGUGACUGUCAUUCCUUGAGUACGGCACUCUAUGAAGUACAGAUGGGCAGUAACACAUGUCCACCCAGCUCAGUGUCACCUGCCUCGCUGACUUCAAAUGACAAUCAGAAAAUAUCGUUUUAUUUGGUGACACUAUAACAGCACAUCAGCAUUGUGAAGCUGUGGUUAUGUGGAUGUAUGUAUCAUUACUUGUGCUGCAGUCUGCUUGGAAGAGGAAUCACUGGUUAUUCCGUCUUUAUCUUCUCCUGCUAGGAGAGCUGAUACCAAAGAGGUUAACCAAUAUUUAGGUCCUUCACUGUAUUCUCAUGUUCAUGGUGUAAAGCAAUCGCUGUCAGUGAUGUGAUGGAAGGUGGUCAGUAAGUACUGGACAUUGUCCAGUCAGUGAUAAGUGCAGGAGACCUAGCCCUGUAUCUUUGUGCUCUGGUAAAGUAUCGUAUGGUCUUGGUGUUCUUCCUGAAACUAAUAAUGCUGCUAAGCCAUACACUGCUAAGAAAAUCUCCAAAGCUAUAACAUCUCCAGAGUUAUAACAUUUUUAUAUUUAUUUUCAUUGUUUUAUCAAAUCACGAUGGAGUUAAGGAUGUAUUGCUGUAACAGUUGUUUAGUUUUUGGUGAAAAACAUGUCACAGGACCCCUAUCUCUGUGCACCUCAAAGACUAAGCACCUGCUGUAACUAUGUACAUGGAUAUGUGCCCAGAUGUGCUACUUGC